GGAAAAUACCAUCAUUAGGAGCAAUCGUCGUUUGUGCUGAUCCAAGGCACCAACAUGUUGUCUGCUACGCUCUCUGCAGUUAAAAGGGCUGUGCCCUCAGCAGCAUGCCUCGCUUCAGCGGCUGUGAGGAUGAAGCACACACUGCCAGACCUCCCCUAUGACUACAACGCUCUGGAGCCCUACAUCUCGGCAGACAUCAUGAAGCUCCAUCACCAGAAGCAUCACAACACCUACGUCACAAACCUCAAUGUGGCCCAGGAAAAAUUGGCAGAAGCAGAGGCCAAAAACGAUAUCAACUCUAUCAUCUCCCUCCAGCCAGCCCUCCGGUUCAACGGCGGAGGACACAUCAACCACUCCAUUUUCUGGGAGGUGCUCAGUCCGAACGGUGGCGGGGAGCCAGAUGGGGACCUUAUGCACUGCAUCAAACGCGACUUUAGUUCAUAUGAGGAAAUGAAGAAGGAGCUAACUGCAUCGGCUGUGUCAGUCCAGGGGUCAGGGUGGGCGUGGCUCGGGUUCAACCCUGUCAGUGGCCGACUGAGAGUGUCUGCCUGUGCUAACCAAGAUCCUCUAGAGGCAACAGCAGGACUGGUUCCCCUGUUUGGCAUCGAUGUCUGGGAACAUGCCUACUACCUCCAAUACAAGAAUGUGAGGCCAGAUUAUGUUAAAGCUAUUUUCAAUGUUGCCAACUGGGAUAAUGUGGCCCAAAGACUAUCAGAAGCUAAACUUGCUGCCUGAAGUUCAUGAGUGAAGACAAAGUCUGUGAGAUGUGUAUAACAGAAAGUUUCCUUACCCAAGAGAAGAUCUGUACCUGAUGCUCGGUGUGGAAUAUUGCACUGGACAUCAGUAGACAUUGAAAUAUAGAUUACAGAUACAAUGAUUUAAUCAUGAUUGAAAGAUUUUUGAUGUGGCUUUUAAGACACAGUUCUGCUUUGAAUGCAAAUACUCAGUAUCUUAUGCCCAAUGCUGUUGUGGUAUUGUUUUGAAAAAUAAAUUUUGUCAUCUUCAAA